AUGAUCGCACUCCGUCACCCCGCAUUACGACGAGCCUCCUUCGUUGUGGUGGCCGUGCUGGUCUCCUUCCUGUUUCUUGGUGUUGCCAGCUCGAGGGAGGUCGUCGUUGGGGUGCUGGACGGCACCCAUAAACUGACAGCGGAGGACAUUACGACGGGAUUUAGGGCGAGCGAGAAAAAUUUUGUUACACGCUGUGGUGAAUUUGACGCACACGGCGACAAGUUUGUCGUGAUACUUGAGAUGGGGAAAUUCAGCGACUAUCUUGUUCCCAAGGCGGGCGUUACGCUCUGUGGCCUUCUUACCAGCUCGACAACGGCGCAAAAGUAUCUCCACGCCCCGCAGGAUCCCCGCGAGGCUGCAUGGGAUGGUCAUACCUUUCCCAUUGCACCGUCCCUCUACACGACGGCGUUGGGCGGGUCUGCGGAAGGCUACGUCAGUGGCGGCCGGAGCACACUGUCGUUUUGGGGUGACAACGGGGGCGACACCAACCACACGGGAGGCUGCUGCGCGCAGCUGCCUAAUCGGGGUGCCGCGUGGUACCAGCCGUACCGUCUGGUGUUGGCCCCAAAGGAGCCUGCGCUAUAUCUCGCUUGGGGUACGAAGCCAACAAUUGCUGUCACCAACGCUCCGGUGGAAUUUGAGAUAAACGUAUGGAACAUGCGCAGUGAACCAGUCGGAGAAAACGUCACGUUUGACAUCACGACAAACGGCAAGAGAGUUACUGUGACAAGCCCGGUGGGGCGGUACACGCAUUUUGCCGACGCCCCAGAGAAGGGCAGCACCAAGUAUGCCAUUACGGUGGACCUCGUGUCUGGUCCUGAUACGGCGAACAAGAAGCAGCUUAAAAUUGAGGUUGAUGUUUUGGGGAAACUCCCGUGGGAUGUGAAGCCAUCUGCUGGCGAAAAGAUCCCGGCGCUCGUGCGCUUUGGCAAAGAGGGCACUGCGAUUGGCCCUGUGGAUGGGGCUGCAGCACUCUACGAAGACUGGUUUGCAUCCACCAUUGUGGGGGGUGAGUCUCAAAUUCGUCCCGUUGCUGGUCACUUCAGCACGGCGAGACCGCACAGCCUGUCUCCAGUGCGGGGCAAGUGGGAAAACGUGACCCAGGCCGAUGGUGUGUUCCGGGUGCUGGUGCCAUGCAAGAGUGUGCAGUACUAUGCUGUCGCCGUGUACAGUGCGGUGGAUCAGCGCAUCGUGGUGCAAUAUGAGUACAACACCGCCGCUGUGGUGUAUUUCGCUGGUAUACGCCGUCUUUCACAUGUGUUGGAUGGAGCGCACGAGGGCUCGUUUGCACUUGAUGUGACACAAGGUUAUCAUCAGGUUCUUGUCAAGUUGUUUUCUGACAGUUCAACAGCAGUAAAGGACUCUGAGAAUUGCACCGUCGUCUCGAGCUUUUCAAUGCGUGUGAUCGGCACUGCGGUUGGUUACACCCACGCCGUCAUGCCUGACAUUCCGGAGGGUGCCCAUGAAAUGUGGAACAACGAAUAUAUGUUUUACCUUCUCCAUUUGGGGGAUAGUCAAGAAGAGUACUUGUACGGCGGCCUAGACGAGGAUUUUAUCAACGUGAGGACGGCCAGCCCGAGGCCAGGGAACUAUAUGAGCGGCAAAAUUUGGAAAUCAUUGGUCUUUUAUGGCGGCCGAAUUCCAGUUUCCGCAGAAGGCCUGCCGGAUGACAAGGAGGCUGCGGUGUCAUAUGUUGCCAUCGCGCUUUACAGCGGCUACGAGGAAAAGGUGCCUUUGAGCUGGACCUUCAUUAUUGGCGGCAAGACAGAUGUUUUCAUUGACGGUGAGCGGGUCUACAGCCGCCCAAGCGACACUGGGCCCCUCACCGAGAAUGCCACCACACCCAUUUCGCGUGGGUGGCACCAGCUGAUUGUGCGUAUUGCCGCUACGAAGGGGAAGUCGUGGGGGUUAACUUUUUUUAUUCGUUUUGACAACUAUCGUAUUGGUGGUUCUCAUAGCCCCGGCACCAAUCUCCCGUUUGGUGUGGCUUUCAUUCGGCCCAACAUGCCACUUUUGUCACUAAUGGCGUUGGUCGAUAUGGAGCUUGAGGACGGAGCAAUUCCCUUUGAUCCAUCAAACGCGACAGCGGUGAGUGAUGAGUUCACUGACCUCCCCAUUGGUGCGAGCUAUAUGCCUGGUUUGCUCUCGCCGCAGCGCAUCUGGGCUUUGGGGCAGGAGCGCCAGUACCGAUGGGCAGGGAAAGUGAGCGAUGAUGGCAACUGGGGGAGCCACUCUUUCGGUGGAAACUUCAAUCAGUAUUGGUCAUUCGCUUUGUACGCCACAGAGCAGAUGCAGGCGGCGGUGCGUGUCAUGUUUCAUGGAGGCCAUACAAUAUGGCUGGGCGGCGCCGUGGUUGGCUCGGCACCCCUUUCUUGGAAGAAGGAGGUGCUGCACACGUUGUCGCUGGAGAAGGGGUGGAAUCAGCUCAUAAUUAAGCUGCGAGCGAACAACUCAUUUCAUUUUGUCGACACGAACGAUGGCACAAUGACUUGGACCAAGGCAAACGCGGUGUGCACUGGGACAAGGUAUAUGGAGUUGUGUCCCCAGUCGGCUGUGUGCCCGCUUGGUGUGGGACGCCCGGGGGUGUUGCCAGUGGCUGGGGGAUCCGCCUUUGUCCCUGUGAAAACUGCGGAGAACGAAUGGGUUCAGGUGUCUGCGGAGGGCGGCAACGGCACAUCGAUGUGCGAGACGUGGCGAAAGGCCCACGGUGGUCAGAGUCCGAAAUGGGGCGAGGCCAGCGACGACAUUCCAGAGCGUCGUCUUGUGCCGUGUUGUGGCGACAACCCGCCACCGUUUAUGUGGCUGAGCAUCACUCCCUCCCCCGACGCAAAGGGCGAACUGGGGUACGCGUAUGACAUUCCUAUCGUGGUUGAGGCACCCGUUGUGACGGUCGACGACCCUGCAGCUCUCACGCAAACGGUAAGAAUGGCCUCUGCGACACCUAACGCCACCAUUAAGUACGCCGUUAACAAUGCAAGUGAGAUGGUGGUGUACACUGGCCCCUUGACCAUUACCGCGUCAUCGACAAUUGUCGCUCAAGCGUUCGCACAAAACCGUGAGAGCCGGAUGACGUAUUUCCUUGUUGCAAUCGACAAUGAACCAUCUGUUGACCGUAUUGCGUGUGUGGAGAAUGAAAGGUGUCCUUUAUUUGUCUCGGGUGUGGAUCCUAACUGGAGCAUUGCGGUAGUAAGUACAAAGAUCCCCGGUAAAGUUAUGAAGAAUUACUUGUAUAUAGAUUAUGUUCUUCAUCAGGAGCCGUCGUUGGACUUCUCUGGGGUUCUUAAUAUAGAAAAUCACCGCGUCGUUGUUCCACCCUUCCGUGGCGGAACGUACAAUGUCAUUCCCUAUCACGGCUCCGCAAAGGCCAGGAUGAUGUUGAACGUUUUGGUCUACAGAGAAACGAAGCUGAUCCCCAGUGAGGUGCUGGGUACACAGGAAACAAUGUUCCGGAUUGAGGGUGGCGUGGGGGAAGGUGAUGCUGCGCUGCUUCCAUUCAGUUCAAGAGGGUCGCCAGCCACGUGCGAUGCAGCUGCAUGUAUUGCGGCGCUCGACAGUAAGCGUGACCGUGUCGCGGUGUUGUCGUUCAGUGACCAUGCGUACUACUUUACACAGGAUCUCUACGGCUAUGCGGGUGAGCUUAGUUGUCUCUGCUUGUGCCUUUCUUGCUCUAAGGGGGCGUCCAGGUGGGAGUCGCUGCGGAUUGAGCCGUCCAAGGUGGUGAGCCAGACUGUUAACGUGAGUGUGUUGAGCCCUGCCCCAUCGAGCGGGGAAAGCGUGGGAGCUGUACGACCUCACAGCGUGCAGAACGGUGAUAUCCUUGAGCUGUUUGGGCUAUUUAUCACCAGUUCACGUUACAGCGUCCGUUUUGUCCGUGCUGCUUCAACGGGCGGCAGCCAUGUGGCUCCGCUGUGCACUGUUGAUGGAGUGCAGGCCGGAUCGUUAAUGUGCAAAAUGCAGGUGCGGGCCGGGGUCAUCGGUAUGUGGAACGUUUCACUCAUGAACGGAGCGACGCAAGUGCCAUUUGCGAAAGGUACUCGCAACGAGAUUCAGGUCCUUCCGCUGGUUCCUUUGGUCGAGUCCGCAAGGGGUGUGUGUGCUGCCACAAGCGCAAAAUGUGUUACAGGUGCGCAAAUGACUUUUUACGGGGCGAACUUCAACCCUGUUGAGCCCUCGUAUAACGAUGUGAUAGUGGGUGAGGCUGUGGCUGCCAACCCGAUUCUCUGCAGGGUGACCAUUGCCACAGAAACGGAGCUUACCUGUGUCCUCAGCAUUCCACGGGAUAAGGAGCAUGGAACGUAUUCGAUCAGGGUUCGUGUGCGUGCGUCGGAAACGGAGUGGGCCGCGGAGCAAAGUGCCGGAUUUCUUGUCUUGGGGGACGAUGCACAUGUCCCUGGGUGGAAAGCCAACGAUGCGCCGCAUCCCGUGCCUGCGAAUGAUGACAAAAGGAGCAAUACAGCCCUUAUCGUCUGGCUUGUCUUUGGUUCCCUCCUUCUAGUGCUGCUCGUGGUUUUUAUUGUGUUGUACUUCCCGCCCAUAUAUAUGCGUAGGAGAACUGGUGAGAUUGAAGGGAGUUCUAAUCCCAGUGAGCUGCAAUUACGUAAGACAUAG